GCAUCCCGCUCAAUCCAGUUUGAAGUCGNGUUUGAACCUGAUACUCUGCUUCUACUUCAAACUCAUCAUCCUCCAUAAUUCACGUUCAUAUAGCGGGACUUUCCAAACGAAGAAUUACCUCUUAUCCAAUUUUGCUACUCCACAUUGGUCUUCUUUUAAUUUGAUGUGAAGAAUAGAAUAUCUUUCAACAACAGGGAAGCGGGGAAGAAUAAGUUUCUGCACAGGGACAACAAGGGAAUCAAGAAGAAAAGCAGCCGAAGAGAGACAAAGCUAAUUGGCAUGGAGAGCAUUCAGGGUGGUGAAAGAUCUCUUGCUCAUGCAACGACUUCCACCCAACAUAGUCUUCCAUCAAUGGAAGAGGAAGUAGUUGGAUUUCAAGCUGAUGCAAAAAGCAUAAUUCAACAAUUGACCGGAGGAACAAAGGAACUAGACAUUAUCUCGAUUGUUGGAAUGCCAGGACUGGGCAAAACCACUUUGGCUAGAAAGGUGUUUAAUUAUUUUAUUGAUAAUAGACACUUUGAUGUUAGAGCAUGGUGCUCUAUUUCAAAAGAAUAUAGCUCUACUAAGGUGUUCUCUGAGAUUCUUAAACAAGUCAUAGGCAGUAUGAAUGGUAUAAGAGAUGAAGACAUGCCUCACGAGUUGCGAAAGAGUCUAAUACGCAAGAGAUACCUCAUCGUGUUAGACGAUAUAUGGGAAGCUAAGGCAUGGGAAGAGUUGCGAUUAUCUUUCCCACAUGGUGAAGAUGGAAGCAGAGUAGUGGUAACAACUCGAGAUGAACAAGUGGUUAGGCAGCUUAAGCUCCACAACAAUCCAUAUUUUCUUCGAUUUCUCACGGAGGAUGAGAGCUGGGAAUUACUCCAGAAGAAAGUUUUUCAAGGAGAAAUAUGUCCACAAGAGUUACUCGAAGCAGGAUUGCGAGUUGCCAAAAACUGUAAAGGAUUACCACUUGUGAUUGUCUUGAUUGCUGGGAUUAUUUCAAAGAAAAGGCAAACCUCUUUGUGGUUUAAGGUCGCAAAUGAAUUAAGUUCCCAUGCUUUAGAAGAUCAAAGCAUGAAGAUAAUAGAAUCAAGUUACGACCAUCUGGAAGAUCAAUUAAAGGCUUGCCUUCUUUACAUGGGAUUGUUUCCAGAAGACUACAAAUUUCCCGUUUCUAUUUUGCUAAAGUUGUGGAUGGCUGAAAAUUUUGUACAGAAUUCGGACACAGAUAACUUGGAGGAAGCAUAUACAAAUUUCUUGAAUGAUCUAGCAAGCAAAAGCCUUGUAAUGGUUUCUAAAAGGAGAGAUAAUGGUGAGAUAAAGUACUGCACUCUUCAUGAUGUAGUCCGUGAGUUUUGCUUGAGAAAACUUGCAAAAGAAAAGUAUAUGCAGGUCAUAAUCCCAUAUAAUCUAGACCAAUCUUUAGGUACAAAGAAAUCUCGAUUAUGUAUGUAUGUUCAUGACGAUCUGGCCAAGCAGUUGAUGGAGCAUGAAUAUUCAUUGGAUAAAAUUCCAACAUUGGCGGAGUUGAGUGAAGUAGGAUCUCUUGAGUUCAUUGCUCAUCCAAAACUCUGUAAAUGGGACCUGAGUUGGACAAAUGAUGUCGUCUUACUGGAUUGCAUUAGACUUAUUCGGGUGUUGGAUUUGUUGAAUGUCUACUUGGAGGGAAGUUCUUGGGCUAGGGCAAUGGAAGCAGUAACUCACUUGAGGUAUCUUGCAAUAUGGACCGAAGAAUUUCGUUUCCAGUGGGUAGAUCACCUACUCGAUCUACAAACUUUGCGGGUGGGCUGGCGGCUUGGAACAUUCAUGAGUGCGAUAUCCCCUGCUGGUCUUUGGAAAAUGCAGAAGCUAAGGCAUGUGGAUAUCCUGGAAAUUACAUUCGAAUGGAAAGAGAAUGAUCGAGCAAUUUUCGAAGAAUCUUCACAAACUGUGUUACCGAACUUGAAGUCUUUCGGGAAAUGCUGUAUAUAUUUGGCUGAUAUGACUCCGGAGUUCUGGUGGAGAUUUCCAAAUAUUGAACAACUCAAGCUCCGCUUUGUUGAACCGUCUGUACGUAGAAAUCAUAAGCUCUCCACACCAGAAUUUGAUAUGCCGAAUCUUGAAGAACUCCCACUUCAAUCUCUCGAAGUGGGCUUCUCAGUCAUAGCAGAGAUGCAUCGUGUUGGAAUCGGAAGAGGCGGCUGUAUUGUUUUCCCCUCAAAUCUAAAGGAUUUGUGCAUCCAUAGAACUGUCGUAACAGAAAAAGUUGUCUCAAAUAUUGCAAGACUGCGAAAUCUUGAGAGACUCAAACUACGUGAAAUACGCUUCAAGGAUGAAGAUAUCAAAUGUUGGAUCAAAUGUUGGGAUGUAGGUGAUUACAAGUUCCCAGCACUCAAAUAUUUGUACUUAAGGGAUGUUACUAUGAUGACCGAAUGGCGCUCCUCAGAGGCAUCCUUCCCCGUGCUUGAGAAACUGGUUAUACGUGGUUGUUGGCGUCUUCAAGAGAUCCCGUCUAGCUUCGCAGAUAUCCAAACACUGAAGUUGAUCAGAUUGACGGGCUGCAUGCAGUCAGUUGAGGAUUCAGCUCUCAACAUUAAAAAAGAAGUAGAAGAUAUCACAGGUUGUGACUCUCUCCAAGUUCAGGUUGAUUAAAAAACUGAUAUUUAUUCUGCAGUAGUUUCUUUUUAUGGGGGUCUAUAUAUGUGAGGAGAAUAGCUGUUUUUUUAAUUAUUAAGCUAUUCAGAAAAUGAUUUUGUGUGUGGACUUAUUAGAAAAGGACAUUACAUACAACAACUCUAUGGUUACACUUUUCAAAAAUCAAAUAGGUUAUAAUUUAGAACAAUUGACUCAAGAACUCUGUCUUUAGGAAUAAUUUCUCUCUGUAGUUGAAUAGCUGACGAGAUUGCUAUCCUU